AUGACUGAAGUUGACGCGGUUGCUACCAAAGCGGCCCUGAGGCCAUCUUCUUCAGUGCUGCACACGUGUUGCUCCGAGUUACCCGCGUCAGAACCUAAAAGCCUACAGUCCUCUGGCACAAGAUAUUAUUACAACAUGGCACCAAGGAAGAAAACACAGACGAAGGAGGAAAUUUUACAAAAGAAAAGGGAUGCUGAAUGGAAAAAGUACGAGCGCCUCAAGAACGACCCGCAGAGAAGGGGAGAGCUAAGAGGAAAGGGACACCUGAAAUACCUUAAAAAGAAAAGAAAAAGAAAACGGGACUAG